AUGAACUCUCACAGCUUCGACUCAGAAACCUCUCCUCAAUCUUCGUUCUCUGAAUACAGUCAGCGUCACACUGUUCUUUUUAACACAUCUCCCAAUUACCUCAGAUCCAUUCAAAAACCUCACCAGCCAAUGACCAAUUUUUCGCCGCACACCUCAUCAAGCUUGAUUGGAGGGGAGGCUCGUUUUGCUAUGGAUACUCACCUUGAUGUAAACUACUCUUUAUUUGAGUCCGAAGGUGACUCUGACCUCGCCCUGGAGGCAGCUAAGGCGAAACGGAAAGUAUGUGAGGCGGAGAAACAUCUUGCCGAUUGUAUUCUGGAACAUCAAUCUAUACUUCUCGACCUGUGGCGCUGUCGUGCGGAGGUAGCAAACUGCCAUUUAUUGAAUGCGGAUCUCAAUGUUGGACACAUGCACAUGGAGCGCAAGAAGAGUGGUAUUGCAGCAUUCGCUCGCUCAGACUCAGGUUUAAUGAUCUCAGCGCUGGUCGCAGCUGCGUCGGAGCGCAAGCUCAUCUCCAAUGCCACCAUUGUUGACGACGCGCUGCUUCCAGACUCUGCUGCCCUCCUCCUUCCAACGAUCACAGACACCUUUGCAUCAUCCUCAAACAACGAGUCCAAUUCGGGCGCAGCCACUGCCAUCCCUGCUCCUCAGCAAAGUUCCAUUAGUGUUGGUGGCGCAUUCGCCCUGGUAAUUGCGUUGAUCUUCAUCAGUCUCGUAAUUACCUACCCCUGGUGGAGGCCAAAAAUCCCGCUCAACUCAUUCUGUGGCUGGUGUCCUUGCUUUAUUCCAACCCACACCAAGCAUUGCAAUGCCAGCAUCGUGAACUGCCACUCCACCACCAUCACAAUGACUCCUGUCCUCAGCCAUGCAGCCACCAGGGGCAUCACUGCUGCCACAGACUCCUCAACUGAUCAUGGUUUGUUCUGCAGUGUUGAUGCACGCAUGUUUGAGCGGAGAGCUCAGCUCUCUGUCUUGUCCGAUGCUGGAACACCGCAGCUGUCUGCUGAGGCCCACACCACUGAUCCGGGAGCAAGUGCAAUCCGGGCCUCGAUCAACACGGACCAGCAGUCACUCCCUUUCCCACUUCGCUUCAAACCAGAUGGCGAGCCGGAGAUCCACUACCUUUCUGUCUACACUAUGAACGCACCAAGGCCGUUCUUCUUGAGCGUCUUGAAGGCUUCAGCCGCGACUGAAAUGCAUGGGAUAGUCACCUCGUCUUCAAGCCUCAAGUCUGGAGCCCGCAAAGCUCACAAAGGUCCACGGACAGGUUUGGCAAGCAAGACCAAGGCACGUCGUGUAAAGCAAUCAACUCAGUGUCGCACUGAGUUACUCAGUGAAGCAACCUCUGACAUCACCACAGUCACCCCCUCCAAAGACACCUGCACAACAGCCGAAGUUGCAGCGGCUGUUGCCUUGGGCCAAUGCCAUCAUCAUGCAUUCCCAUAUGCACUGACAGAUGGACAGCUUGCACCUGGCUGUGAGCACCCUUCCCUGCUCUCACAUUGGCAACUCCACUCCUAUGCAAUCAUCCAGAGUGGUGGGUACAAGGGCUGGUCGACAUUGUCCAAGGCCCCUCCAGCCAAGCACAAGGAACCUGCGCUGGCCACUGAGCUGAGCACCAAGAGGAUGCGGCUUCUCAAGCUUGAGAAUGGCACAAUGCUGCAAGUGGCUGACAGCGAAAUCACGGACCCGCCUGCCAUCAGCUUUGUCAAAAACAUUGCGGCCAAUGGGAUGUGGGACGAUCACACGGAGCACUGGCAGGGCAUGUCUGUCAUCAACAUCCAGGGCCACCCAAUUGCAAUUGAUUUCUCCAUAGCUGACCUCAACUAUCCUGAUUCGUCUCCUGCUUCUGUUCCACAGGACAUUGUUGAGCUGUACCGACAAGGCACCCCAGAGCAAUUCUGGGCCAAGUUCAGUGGUGCCAAUGGCGAGCCCUUGAAGUUCACUGCCAUCGUUCACAAGCUCCAUGAAGAGCACAAGGAUGCAAACUUUGCCCUCAUGGGGCUCAUGUCCAUGCAUUCCCAAAUCAUGCAGGACAUCGCGAAGAAAUACAAGGAACUAAUGGCUAGCAACCUGAAGGAGUGCAACCUAUGGACGUGUUUUGUGGCAGAAGUCCAAAAAUUGGAAAAUCGAAUGGUGCACCGGGCCUUCCAGUACUUGAACUCGAACCACUUCAGAACCACUCACAACUUGAAGGUGCCUACCAUCAUACUAGCUGCCAUGUCGACACCAUUCAACAAAUACACCAGAGAGAUGAGCAGCAGCAGUCCUGAGAACUUGGAUGUUGACUUGGACAUUCACACUGUUGACAUCCUCCAUUUUGCCUGUCUCGGCUUUGCAGCAUCCAUCAAACUACUCUCAGAGCAAUAUGGGUUUACUGAAGGUGGUCAUCCAGAAGAUGUAUCGGAGGAGUGGGUGGUAACUGAGAUUUUGAAAAGACACGAGGGUGAUGAUGAUGAAGACUCGGAGAAUGAGGGUGACGACCCAAAGGAGGGCAAGGAUGUGAAAGGAGACCUGGAUGGUGUCAAAGAAGAGGAGGAUUAA